CCGUUGCUUUGCAUUUUGCUGUGGCCGAGUUUCGGUCUGCCCGUGGCUGGGCACGAUUUGGGAAGUCCCGUUAUUGCUAAUGCAUCGGAAAUCGGCGUGAUGGCAGCAUGUUGAGUGCCGGUGACCGUGGCCACAUGACUGGCGCCUCGUGAAACCCGGCCGACGCAGCCCCCCGGCUCGCCCAUAGCUGCAGGAUGAGACGUUAGUUGUUCCAGCAGAGAUGGGAGGAGGCAUGGCAGCGAGCCGCUGCUGGCCGGGGCUACGAGGCAAUUGACCACGAAGCCAGGGCCUCAGUGGUGGCCAUGCGCAGGCACCGCCAGGCAGCCCUGCUGUCCCUGGUGGUGGCUGUUCUGGGCAUACCUGUACUGUUGCUUCUCUAUCUCGAUGGGAAGAGCCAAGCACCCGAGGACAAUCUACUUGGAUUCACAAAAAGAGAGGCAGUGCUUGCCGACCGAGUCCGAGAGGUUGAACAACAGAAUCAAAUGUUGCGAAGACAACUCAGCUUAUCACGGCAGCAGCUAAUGCAGCUGAUGCAGCGGGAGGCACGCAACGGCUCCAACAUCAGCCUUCUGCCCUGUCCCACCCGAGGGGGCAACGAACUGCCCGAGGUGCCCAAGUGCGAGGUACUUCAGGUUGCCAUCGUGUGUGCGGGUUACAAUGCUUCUCGCUCGGUCAUCACGCUGGUCAAGAGCAUCCUCUUCUACCGCAAGAACCCUCUCCACUUCCACUUCAUUUCUGAUGCCGUGGCGCACCUGGUGCUGCAGACCCUGUUUCGAAGUUGGAACAUGCCUGCAGUGGAAGUGAGCUUCUAUUUAGCCGACAAUCUUCAAGGAGAAGUGUCAUGGAUUCCAAACAAGCAUUACUCUGGUGUCUAUGGACUUAUGAAGCUAGUACUGCCAAAGGCAUUGCCUGAUACCCUUGACAAGGUGAUAGUACUGGACACAGACAUCACUUUUGCGUCAGACAUUGCGGAGCUGUGGAGAAUAUUUCACAAGUAUACCUCAAAGCAGGCAAUUGGCCUCGUUGAGAACCAGAGCGACUGGUAUCUAGGAAAGCUGUGGAAGAAUCACCGACCUUGGCCUGCUCUCGGCCGAGGUUUCAACACUGGUGUUAUCCUGCUUCGACUGCAAAGGCUGCGUGAACGCAACUGGAUGCAAAUGUGGAAGCUUAUAGCUGAGAAGGAACUUAUUAGCAUGUGGUUUACUUCAUUGGCCGACCAGGACAUCUUUAAUGCUGUACUGAAGCAGCACACAGAGCUUCUUUUUCGUCUGCCGUGCCAGUGGAAUGUGCAGCUUAGUGACAAUACUCUCAGCGAGCUGUGCUACUCUGAGGUGCAGGAGCUAAAAAUCAUCCACUGGAACUCGCCCAAGAAGCUGAAAGUGAAGAACAAGCACGUUGAGUUCUUCCGCAACCUCUACCUUACCUUCCUCGAGUAUGAUGGCAACCUGCUGCGACGCGAGCUUAUUGGUUGCAACGGCACGACAUCAUCAUCGGCCGGUGUGCAUGCCUCUCACGUGCAGGAUGCUUUGAAUCUGUUGGAUGAGGACGACCCCUGCUAUGACUUUAGGAGAGCAAGGGUUGCCCAGCAUCGCACGCAUCUCUAUUACAUUGAAUAUGACUACGAGCCUUCACCAGAGGGAAAUGAUGUUACGCUGGUUGCCCAGUUAUCUAUGGACAGGCUUCAGAUGGUGGAAGCUGUUUGCAAGCAUUGGGAAGGGCCAAUAAGCUUGGCAUUGUACAUGUCAGACUCUGAAGUCCAACAAUUUCUGAGCUACACCCUGAGCUCAGAAAUUUUGCAGAGUCGUAAGAAUGUGGGCUACCACAUUGUCUACAAAGAUGGAACUUUCUACCCAGUGAACAUGCUGCGCAAUGUCGCUCUUCAACAAGUGAACACACCAUUCGUGUUCCUGACUGACAUUGAUUUUCUUCCUAUGCAUGGCCUCUAUGAGUACCUGAAGCGGUCCGUAUUUGCUUUGGGUCUUGAGUCCUCGCGCAAGGCACUGAUAGUGCCCGCAUUUGAAACACAAAGAUACCGGCUGAGUUUUCCAAAAACAAAAGCGGAAUUGCUUUCCAUGUUGGAUAUGGGUACACUGUUUACAUUCAGAUACCAUGUGUGGCAGAAGGGCCAUGCACCUACAAACUAUGCGAAGUGGCGAACAGCCACAACACCCUACCUGGUAAAUUGGGAGCCCAACUUUGAGCCCUACGUGGUGGUCAAGAGGGAUGUGCCUGAAUACGACAAACGUUUUGUCGGCUUCGGUUGGAACAAGGUUUCCCACAUUAUGGAACUGCACGCCCAGGGCUACGAGUUUGUGGUGUUGCCUAAUGGAUUCAUGGUGCACAUGCCGCACGCUCCAUCACUGGACAUUGCCCGUUUCCGGUCAAGCAGCCAGUACCGCAAGUGCCUCUCCCUGCUCAAGAGCGAGUUUGCAAGGGACCUCUCGCUGCGCUAUGGCCGCACUUUUUCGGCAUCACCCGACCGCCGUCGGCGCAGAUGAUCGCCUGCCGUGCACCAUUGCCACUACUGCACCGUCGUCAGGUGCCCCGCCCCCACUGUCUUUCCGACAACCAUUGCACAAGCCAGUGCAGGUUGUCUCUUCAUGGAAGCCGCUGGCAAAGCUUGGUAAUAGCAUGCUAAGAUGCUAAAACAUGUGGCUCAUUGCUUGAUACAUCGUCAACUACUACUUGUAUGCUUCUUAGCAUAACGUGCUUUGUUUUGGUUCUUUCUAAUGUUCUGUUGUAAGGUCAAAGCUGUGCUGCUAACAUUGCAUACCAGAAGUAUAUGGUGAAGCUUUUGAAAUGGUGCCCACUGUGGUUUUUGUUUGAUAGACUGGACACCAAGGCUAGAAGAAUGUAGUUGGUGACAGCAAGGCAAUCUGCAAAUUCAGAGGAUUAGUGUGGACGCGUCUAAUGAUGAAAAGGUGUAUAGCCCUUGAGUUAACUAGUAGAGGUUCAUGUCCUUCAGUGGAGAUCAGCAGUGCUUGUGGGGUUGCCAGCUCCGGUUCUAAAUAGAUUACCUCACCAUUUACACAUGUAACAUACCAUAUCAUUUAGGAUCUAGCACAAUUAGCUGUCACCAUUAAGCAAUCGACUGAUUAUCUUCUUCACGAAGUCAGUUCUGAAAUUUAGAUCUGGACUACCAAAACUGGCUGCUUACCUGACUGGCAUGCAACAUCCUGCUUUGCACCAAGUCUCUUUCACGUAAGGGUGUGUCAAGCAUCAACAGUCAUAUUCAAGUUUACGGUGGGCUCUGUACUCUUAGCACUGUCACAUGAUUACUGAUUAUGGAACUGUACUCGAAACACAUUAUUGAAUUGCGCAAGACUUCAUAAGUAAUUAUCCUGAAACUUUGUAGAAAGGAACCUAGCUUCUGGAACCAAGUGUUCUGGUCUUGGUUGUGUCAUGUGGCACUCUUGGAACUUUCAUUUCCAAAAGACUAAACAAAAGUAACAAUAAUGACUCGCUUCUAUUCCCAGUUCCUUCAGGGAAUGUGAGCACUGCAGUAAAUUAAUAAAAUAUUUUGUUUGACAUGGCCAUGCCCAUAAUUGCUAGAUUCUUUAACAAUGACUCUGUAAUGUGUACCACAAAUAACAAAAAGCAACUAGGUAUGCUGUAAUGAAACUGUGGGAUUAAGCUGUGUUUUUGCACGAAAAUGAGUGGCAUAGCUUGUUGCUAUGGCUCUUUAUCACACUAGCCUGCAAAAUCACAUUUGUAGGAGCUCAUUUGCUACACAAGUUUUAUCUCCGCGGAAGCUCUCUAUGGCUGUAGCUAUGGUGAUGCACGAUACAUGUACAUUAAGGGGUUCACACACUCGGUUUUUUCUUGUGUGCUUCUUUUUUAACUCGCCAACUUCUGAGCCCAUGCUGUCUGGUCCCAAACUCAUGAUGGCAACUUCAUCAUGACACGAUUGCUUCGAAGGGUCCCCGAAAUGAAUUUUUUAAUUUAUGUAAGCUGUUAGGCUGCAAGUAGAGUAAAUCAUUCAUGCAAUAAUUUACGUGAAGCAUCUUGUGUCAAAUGAGUUGUAGGUGACCUGAGGUCAUUCUCCUCUGAAAUUGUGCCCUUUCUUCUCAACUCCUUCAUUGAAUGGUUUGAACGAUUGGGGCUCCACAACUAAUGACUUUCUGCUGGCACAUAGUUGAUUGGGUAGCUGCACUUCAUGUUUUUCUGGUUGAUUUUCGUGUCACUUGGUGCUGCCAUAAACAUACCUAUUAGCUUUGGCCCCUGCAGUAAAAACUCUAUGAAGGCAAAAGAAUGGGAGGCAGGUCGAGUUGGCUAGGGUUCAUAUUUAAGGACGCACAAUAUGCGGAAGCACAAGACAAAUGAGACCACAAGACAAUGCAUGAUUGAAGUACUUUGUCCUGUGGUCUUCUUUGUCUUAUUUUUAAGUAUUUUGCACUGCUUUGAGUAUGACCUAAGAAGGCAAUCAGAUUAGUCACAUGAGUGAUCUCUCAAUAGCAUGCCAUGCUGCAAUAUCUGGGUAGCUGAAAACUUGCGGGGCACUCUGGAAUCCAUAGUGACACCAUAUAUUGAACCCUGUGUAAUAAAUUACAAGUAAAAC